AUGCAUGACCUUGCAGGCUUGCAACCUCCACACCUGCCAAGAGGGCAAUUUGCUGCGCUAUUCACACAUCUCCACCCCGGACAGCGUCCAUUCCUCAACGAUUUCCCGCGCAGCCCCUCCUCCGAGUAUUUUCUCUCCAUCCUUGAGCAGCGCUCAGUGGCCUCUUUAUCCGGCAGUCGAGUUCCGAAAGAUGAUAACAACUUGAUCUCACCUAAGCCAUCACCUCUCUCACCUCUCAACAAAAACCGAGAUUUGAAUACCACCACAAGCAGGAAUACCUAUAAACAACCAUCUCAACGCCGAACAGAAGGUCUUGACAUUUAUUUGCUUGGUAUUAUUAGCAAGGGACUCUCACGGCCGUGGGAAAUGGCCUGCACAACUCCUUCGAUUACCAUAGAGAGCCGUACUGGUACUCCAUCCAGUACGGCCUCAGGAUAUCUUUCACCUGCCAACGAGUUGACUGGUCUAUUGAAAGACCGAAGACGAAGACACUCAUUUCACACAUCUAGGCGACUAUCUUGUGAUUAUGAUGAAGACGCAAUUUAUCUCAAGGUCGACUUAUUUCUUGCGGAGCUAGAAAGGCGACUACAGUGGUUGGAGGAUUACCGGCAAUCGCACAUACUACAAAUCGAUUCUGGAUUAAGAAGAGCCUACGGCGCUCUGGUAGCGGUUCGGGACUCAUGUUCUCAUGCCUCUGGAGAGCUGAUGGGUGGCGGACGACGUCGAGCCCGUAUUGCCGUCGAGACCCUCGAAAGCCGUUACAAUGAGGUACUGGCUACCAAGGAAACGCUUGAACAAAAGGCUCAGGCAAGCAUGCGAUUGAUGGAGGACUUUCUCUCCCAGCUAGAAGCGCGUGUUCACAGCGUUCGAGACCGUGGCUUAUACGGCGCCAUCGAUGAAGGACUCCGGGCAGUCGACUCCAGCAUAACCCAUGCCCGAGUUAUGCUUGACGAAGGAAUCGAACGUGCAGUCCAUGCGAAAAUUGCUCUCCGUGAAAGUAUCGAUAGAGCCAUCGCGCUCGCAAAGGAGAAGCGCCUUAUCCACUACUCGGACCUCCCCCAGCCAUGGAGAGUUAACCCUCACAUCCGAAAGGGGUACCGGUUCACAGCAUCGAAGAUAGAAUGUCUCACUUCUGUCUUCUCCUUUUCCAAUGAACUGGUCAACAUCUGGUCUCACCUCAUCGGCCUAAUAAUCGUUCUCGCUGUGGCCUUUUACUUCUAUCCGCUGAGCCCCAACUUCCACCUUAGCACCAAGACAGAUGUCACCAUUGCAUUCAUCUUCUUCAUUGCUGCCUGCAAAUGCCUCGUCUGCAGCACACUAUGGCAUACUAUGAACAGCAUAGCUAAUCAGCCCCUCAUGGAACGCUUUGCCUGUGUUGACUACACCGGUAUUUCCUUGCUCGUGGCUGCCUCCAUUGUCACCACAGAGUACACUGCAUUCUACUGCGAACCAUACUCUCGGUGGAUCUAUAUUCUUAUGACCUCCACGUUGGGUAUCGCUGGCGUUAUCCUUCCUUGGCAUCCUCGCUUUAACGGCCCUCACAUGGCUUGGGCUCGCGUAGCAUUCUAUGUCACCCUUGCCCUCACUGGCUUUGCACCAAUUGUCCAGCUUAGCCUUACUCGCGGUUUGCAAUGGUCUCUUUAUUUCUACGCUCCCGUGGUAAAGAGUAUACUUGUAUACUUCUGCGGAGCUUGCAUUUACGCCUCGCAGAUUCCGGAACGUUGGCACCCCGGAUUUUUUGAUUACGUUGGCGGCAGUCAUAAUAUCUGGCAUGUCGCAGUUUUGGGAGGCAUACUCUUUCACUAUCUUGCUAUGCAGGAUCUAUUUGCUGGAGCAUUUCUGCGGGCAAAGGGCGAAUGCCCUUGUCUUACUUCUUAG